AAGGCCACAGAUAUACUAAUUGUGGGAAAGCUCUAAAACCUAGUCUUGAGAUGAGAAAGAACUUACACCAGGAGAAUAGAGAAAUUUUUAGUUCUAGUGCUACACAUCCACCUCCACAACCACCACCUCAACACCAAACUACACAGAUGCCAGCAUCAUCAGCUCCACCUCCUAAAGCAAAUAAGAGAGGUUCAACAUCAACAGUUUCAGCAGGAGCAGCCAGGUCUUCACUAGCACCUGCAACAGGAUCUGCAUCAACAAGAGCUGCAAGAACAAGAGGAUCAGCAUCUACAAGAACAUUCAAUGCACCAAGAACAUCCACUGGAGAACUAGGGAUAUUGGCAGGCAAGAGGAAGAGGAAACCUCCUAGCAAGUUUGCAUCCUAUUUCAAUGCUAGUGGAAACUAUUGAGUGUAUGCUACUUAUUUGUGUUCUGCUACUAAGUUUGUGUUCUGCUACUAAAUGUGUGUUGUGCUACUAAUUUCUGGACAAUGUGACAUGUGAACUUAUUUGUGCCCAAUACAAAUGGGCUAAGUGCU